AAACAAAACAUAAGAUUUAGAAAUCAAAUCUUGAAAUCACCUCUAUAAUUUCAGGAGAGAGAAAAUUGAGUGUAGAAGAUACUAGAAACGAUGAAGAAGUGGACUGUAACGUCUCUCCUUUUUCUGUUGUGCCUCCUCUUUCUUCUACCAGAUCAAGGUAGGAGAAUACACGCGAAUGCCGAAGAGGAUGCGGACGAAUUAGCAAACCCGCCUAAGGUCGAGGACAAGCUUGGGGCUGUUCCUCAUGGUUUAUCAACUGAUUCCGAUGUUGUUAAAAGGGAGUCGGAAUCCAUGUCGCGAAAAACACUUCGCAACACUGCGGAGAAGUUUGAGUUUCAGGCUGAGGUGUCCCGGCUUAUGGAUAUUAUUAUCAACUCUCUUUACAGCAACAAGGACAUUUUCUUGAGGGAGCUUAUCUCCAAUGCUUCAGAUGCAUUGGAUAAGAUUAGAUUCUUGUCACUCACUGAUAAAGAGGUCCUUGGGGAAGGUGACAAUGCCAAACUUGAAAUUUUGAUCAAACUGGAUAAAGAUAAGAAGAUUCUCACAAUUCGGGACAGAGGUAUAGGAAUGACAAAGGAAGACCUCAUUAAGAACCUCGGGACCAUUGCAAAAUCUGGCACUUCAGCCUUUGUGGAGAAGAUGCAGACAAGUGGAGACCUUAACUUGAUCGGGCAAUUCGGAGUUGGGUUUUAUUCUGUUUAUCUUGUUGCUGACUAUGUUGAAGUUAUCAGCAAACACAACGAUGACAAACAACAUGUUUGGGAAUCUAAGGCUGAUGGGCAAUUUGCAAUUUCCGAGGACACAUGGAAUGAACCUCUAGGUCGUGGUACUGAGAUUAGAUUGCAUCUCCGAGAGGAGGCUGGAGAGUACUUGGAAGAGGCUAAAUUGAAGGAUUUGGUGAAGAGAUAUUCCGAAUUCAUUAAUUUCCCCAUUAAUCUGUGGGCAACCAAGGAAGUGGAAAAAGAGGUUCCAGCGGAUGAUGAUGAUUCGAGCGAUGAAGAGGAAACCUCCGAAAGCAGUUCUGAGGAAGAAACUGAAGAAGAGAAAGAAGAUGAGGAAACUGAGAAGAAACCAAAAACGAAGACAAUCAAAGAAACAACUCAAGAAUGGGAACUUUUGAAUGAUGUCAAGGCCAUAUGGCUACGUAAUCCAAAGGAGGUCACUGAGGAGGAGUACACAAAAUUCUACCAUUCUUUGGCUAAGGAUUUUGGUGAUGAAAAGCCUAUGUCGUGGAGUCACUUCAAUGCUGAAGGUGAUGUUGAGUUCAAGGCUGUUCUCUUUGUUCCUCCAAAAGCUCCUCAGGAUUUGUACGAGAGCUACUACAACAACAACAAAGCUAGUAUCAAAUUGUACGUUAGGCGGGUUUUCAUCUCUGAUGAAUUUGAUGAGCUUUUGCCCAAGUAUCUCAGCUUCUUGCAGGGACUUGUUGAUUCAGACUCACUCCCACUGAACGUGUCACGAGAAAUGCUUCAACAGCACAGCAGCCUGAAAACAAUCAAGAAAAAGCUAAUUAGGAAGGCCCUUGACAUGAUUCGCAAGAUUGCUGAUGAGGAUUCUGAUGAAGAUGAUGGCAAGGACAAAAAGGAUGUCGAGAAGUCUGCAGAAGAUGAUGAGAAGAAGGGUCAAUAUGCCAAGUUCUGGAAUGAAUUUGGCAAGUCAGUCAAACUUGGCAUUAUCGAGGAUGCUGCAAACAGAAACCGACUGGCCAAGCUUCUAAGAUUUGAAACUACAAAAUCCGGUGGAAAGUUAACUUCACUUGAUAAGUACAUCUCAAGAAUGAAAUCUGGGCAGAAGGAUAUCUUCUACAUAACAGGUACCAGCAAGGAUCAAUUGGAAAAGUCUCCGUUCCUUGAAAGGCUAUCGAAGAAAGGCUACGAGGUCAUUUUCUUCACUGAUCCUGUGGAUGAGUAUCUGAUGCAAUACCUUAUGGACUAUGAAGACAAGAAGUUCCAAAAUGUUUCCAAGGAGGGUUUGAAACUUGGCAAGGACUCCAAAGAGAAGGAGCUAAAGGAGUCUUACAAGGAGCUGACUAAGUGGUGGAAAGGUGCUCUUGCAAGUGAUAAGGUGGACGAUGUUAAGAUAAGCAACCGUUUAGCGAACACUCCUUGUGUUGUUGUGACUUCGAAGUUUGGUUGGAGUGCGAAUAUGGAGAGAAUCAUGCAAUCUCAAACACUCAGUGAUGCUAACAAGCAGGCAUAUAUGCGGGGUAAGAGGGUGCUUGAGAUCAACCCUAGACACCCCAUCAUUAAGGAGCUCCGUGAGAGAGUAGCGACAGAUCCAGAGGAUGAGGGCGUCACACAAACAGCACGGCUCAUGUACCAGACAGCUCUCUUUGAGAGUGGCUUCGUGCUGGAUGACCCUAAGGAUUUUGCUACUCGUGUAUAUGAUUCUGUGAAGUCUAGCCUUAGCAUCAACCCUGAUGCAGCAGUUGAGGAAGAAGAUGAGGCAGAGGAGCCUGAGAUCGAAAUGAAGGAUGAUUCUUCAUCAAAGGACGAAACUGACAGUGUCAAGGAUGAAUUAUAGACAGACACCUGAUUGAUUAUUUCAUGAGCCCUUUGGAAGACUCGUGAGUGCCAUCCCUAGGAAAAUGAAUUUUUAUCACUCUAGAUUAAUGUAAAACAUAACUAAACAGAAUUUUGUCUCGACCAUCAUAUAGCUUUUUUUAGAAGUAGAACAGAAUGUUUCACGAGUUUUUUAUUUAUUCCGAAAUACUAAUCGUAUAGCCACUUAUUUACGGAGUACUCCGUACUUACGUAAGUGGAAUGCUUUUGGUUAGCCUUCAACUUCA